AAGUGGCAUUUUAUCUACUUUCAAAAAUAUUUCCACCCUUCCUUCUCCCACCUAUCCCACCAAACUACAGAUCUAGUAAUUCAGACCAAGCCUUGUGUACUUACUUAAAGGAAUUUAGUCUUUCAUCAAAGUGUUUGCUGACAAUUCACUACUAUACUUUCUCAUCAGAAAAUAACACUGUAAAUUUUUUAUGACCCAGCCUUCUUUUAUCCACAGUCUGAAACAUUUUUAAAUAAUAGAGAUAAUAGAAAACUAUAAUAGUAAUAAAAAUGAUUUCAUCACCUGCAUAUUCAAUACCUAAGCAACCCGCAUGCCUGAAACAACAGAAGCCAGAACUUGAGAGACUCAUCAGAAAAUUCAACCAAGAAUCUCCACUUGUUCUGGUCCUUGCUGGCAGCCCAGUUAAGCCAUCUGAUAGUUGGGAAAAAUAGCCCAUGGAUUUGUUAAAUGUUCUAAUGAUCAUUUGAAUGAUUUGAACUCAAAUGAUCCUUUGAGUUCUAUCUUUAAAUUAUCAGAAAACACCGAGAGCACAUGUGUUACCUGGAGAAAUUACUUCCUUAAAUUGUGCUCUUUAAAUAGGGGCCCAACAAAAGCAACAUCAUUGGAAAACAUUUAUGGAUCUUCUAUAAAACUAUAGUGAAAGAUGUUGUCUAUUAAGUUACUUACACACAGCUACACAUACUGAGCCUUCCUCAUACAAGAAGCCAGAGAAAUGCAAACGACGCCCCCUCCCGGGUCGAAGGUCGCUCCCUCCAUUUUGGGACCCACUCGAGCCUCCUCGGAGGCGGCACAGGAUCCCACCCCAGCAGCGACUCUUAAGGGCAGGGGGCUUUUCCAGCCUCCUCCCUUCACCACCUGGCGGUCACCGGGGGAACAGACUGACAGAAAUGAUAUGUCCCGUCAGGGUUUUUUUGGCCAUCCUAUUUGAUAAGCCUUUUGACACGCAGGCUGCGGUUCUGUGUAAAUAGUUAAAUCAGACGAAAAAACCAGUGUUGUGGGUGCUGUUUGGUAAAAGCAGUUCUUUCCUAAUUAUUCUUCUCUUCUGACCCUGUUUGUCAGUCUCUAGAGCCCCACUUUGCACUUCCUAUGCCCUUGGAAGAGAAUCCCUUGCUGCCCCUGAAGCAGGUCUUCGACCUCUUUCCUUUACCUUCUUCAAAAUACUUUAAUGGGCAGCUGCGCCCCCACGCGCCAGUGUUCCAAAUCACCUCUCGGCUGUUGGGAGCUCAGGAACACACUGGUUUUCUGUCACCAUGGCGUUUAGCCUGGAGAACAGGUGAUGCUUUAAAUCCGGACGGCAUACGUGGUUUCGAGAGGCCUCAGUCUCGUCCAGCACAGCUGUGGGCAGUGCCAAGCCAGUGUGGGAGCGGGCUAGCGAGACAGUGCCGUGGGAUAGCUACUGCCCAGCGAGCAAGACGAGGACAUUUCAUUUUUCACUUCGCAAGUCUGCUCAUGAGCACCCUGGUUUCACCUUGCAGGUUUCCCUCCUUCUAUGGCAACCCCCGAACAGGUCUUCCCUUCCUCCCUCUUCUCGCUUCCAGGCCCAGUGCCAGUUCUUAACCACUGUUACCCUGCACUAGCUCUGUUCUGUCCCUUCCCCUCUCACCCCCUCAUCCUCCUGGCUUAGCCUUAGCCGAGGCCUAUUGUCUCUCCCGGCCUUCUAGCUGCUUCAAACUGGUUCUUCUCCAGGUCGAGGCAACUCCGUCCUUCCUCGGCCGCUGUCCUUCGCAGGCUCCCAGACCCCGCCCCCUGGCACCUGCGCCGCUCUCCUAAGAUGCGCGGGACUCCCCAUUCGGCGCACUCUGGGGACCCCCAGGCACCUGCGCGUCUGCAGCACGCACCAAGCAGUUCCGCCGUCCGGCAGCCUCACCAAGACCCGUCCCGUUGUCACCUCCUCCAAGAAGCCCUCUGGGAUGGCCUCGCCCCUGCACAAAACCCUUUAUGAGCCCCAAGUCCUCGGCCCAACAGCGCGCUGGUGCUGCUGCGAUUUGCUCCUCGGCCCCGAGGGGCUGCGCACAUUUCUCCGGCUGGGACGUGUCACAAUCGUCUUUGCUGCCCCGGGCCCUCACUCAGCUGCUGCGCCCCCAAACCUCGGGGACCCCACCCUGCCGAGGAGCCGCGGCUCCCGCCCCCAGCGCGCCUUUGAUCUGGGGCGGGGGCGGGAAGCCUUGAUGGAACCUACAGUCACUGCCCGCCCGCCCGGCCAGGCCUGAGGGCGGGGCGGAAACGGCCGCGUACAGCGGCGGGACUCGCGUAGCGUGGUCGCCUGGCAGCGCAUGGGGCCCGCGCGGCGCACGGAGCAUGCGCCGCGGCGGGGAGGACGCGGCCGCGGCCUUGGCGGGGUCCGCCUCUUCGGCCCCGGGCUCCAUGGGGACCAUCUCUCCCGACCCAGGCCGCACGGCUGCAGAAUCCUUUGCCGGCCUCCAGGGAGAUUAUCAGAACCUGUGUCUGGACAGAUCCCAGAGAGUUAACCCUUUCAUAUUGCUCAAACUCCAGGAAGCGGAUGAAGAGGUUACGAAGGGACAGGCAGAAGGAAUAACGUUGAACAUUGCUGGCAACAACCACUUGGUGCCAGUAGAGAGAGUGACAGGUGAAGAUUUUUGGAUUCUUUCCCGAGUUUUAAUGAACUGUCAGUAUAUUAAUGGCUUGGACAUCAGAUACAACCUCCUGAGUGACGUUGGGGCAUACUACGCUGCGAAGAUGCUUCAGAAGCAACUUAAUCUGGUUUACUUAAACCUUAUGUUCAAUGACAUUGGGCCUGAAGGUGGAGAAAUGAUCGCUAAAGCGCUGCAUAAAAAUAAAACUCUGAAAUACCUAAGAAUGACUGGAAACAAGAUUGAAAAUAAGGGUGGGAUGUGUUUUGCUGCAAUGCUGCAAAUUAACUCAUCCUUACAGAAGUUGGAUCUGGGUGACUGUGAUCUGGGGAUGCAAAGUGUGAUAGCGUUUGCUACAGUGCUAACCCAAAACCAAGCAAUUAAAGGGAUGAACCUUAACCGACCCAUACUGUAUGGAGAGCAGGAAGAGUCCACGGUCCAUCUUGGCCACAUGUUGAAAGAGAAUCACUUUCUCGUUGAGCUGCACUUGUGCAAGCACGGCAUCAAGAGCUUCGGCAUGCAGCAGCUGUGUGACGCACUGCGCCUCAACAGCGCCCUGCGCUACCUGGACGUCAGCUGCAAUCAAAUAACUCGUGAUGGAAUGAUGUAUUUGGCCAAUGUACUGAAAAGCAAUACUACCUUGGAAGUAAUCGAUCUUUCUUUUAAUAGAAUAGAAAACGUGGGUGCAACCUAUCUCAGCGAAACCCUUACUUCACACAACAGAAGUCUUAAAGCGCUGUCCGUGGUGAGCAACAACAUCCAGGGGGAAGGGCUCGUCGCGCUGUCACAGGCCAUGAGGACAAACCCCGUGAUCUCCAACAUCUACAUCUGGGGAAACAAAUUUGAUGAGGCCACAUGUGUAGCAUAUUCAGAGUUAAUUCAGAUGGGUCGUCUAAAGCCGGAGGACACGGACGUGGAGCCCUUCACUGUGGAUGGGCACGUGCACCUGGCAGAGGUCUCCCAUGGACUGAAGAAGCAUUACUACUGGACGCCGUCGCACGGGGAGGCCCACGGCCACUCGGCUAACGCAGGCUUCGCGCUCAUCCCAGUGGGGCCACACAUAUGACAAGCAGCUUUCAGUUUCAUACAUUUGUUUUAUUUUCACAGAGAUCAAUAUUUUAUAGCCUAUUAAAUAUGUUUUCUUUAAUACAUUAAAAUGAGUUACUCUUUUCUUUUUUUUUAUUAUUUGUUAUUUAUUUCUUUUAUUGUUGGGGAUUCAUUGAGGGUACAAUAAGCCAGGUUACACUGAUGGCAUUUGUCAGGUAAAGUCCCUCUUGCAAUCAUGUCUUGCCCCCAGAAGGUGUGGCACACACCAAGGCCCCACCCCUCUCCCUCCUUCCCUCUCUCUGCUUUUCCUUCCCCUCCACAUGACCUUAAUUGUCAUUAAUUGUCCGCAUAUCAAAAUUGAGUACAUAGGAUUCAUGCUUCUCCAUUCUUGUGAUGCUUUACUAAGAAUAAUGUCUUCCACUUCCAUCCAGGUUAAUACGAAGGAUGUAAAGUCUCCAUUCUUUUUAAUGGCUGAAUAGUAUUCCAUGGUA